AUGCUGAUCAAUCCCCACUACGAAACGUUUUUGGCCGAGCAGGCAGCGCAGAAAUGGCCGCCUCGCGAGGACACUCUCACUGCUUUUCGAUUGCUCUUGACCGACUACUCCGUGUUACCUUAUGGCGACAUCUGGUCAGUCCUCAUGGCCGCCGUCGAACGAUUCCCGGAACAAAGCAACCGACUCGUGGACUUCACCGUUGCACUACAGCAACUGCCCAAUUUUGAUGGGGAGAUGCGCGAAUUGGACGGCCUCGCGAUGCACUUGACUGAGUUUACUUUCAACCACGCCGAUCACUCCUUCAACGAAGCGACGCGCGAUCAAGAGCGGCGCGGCUUGGUCAAUGUGAACGUGUUCACAGCCAAGCUCUACCUGCGGAUUCCUCGGCCGAAUAAAUUUAGAUUCCUCAUUGGCUUUGGGUCGCAGGUGUUGAGAAAGACUCUAGAGUCGGCUCCAUGUGAGAAAUUCCAUCAUCCACGCAUUGAAGCCUAUAUCGAAGACGUUGACGAAGACUGGUUGUACAAUAAGCUACGCGAUGAGGAGCUGGAGGUGAUCGAUAUUAGGACGCUGAAUGGGUUUGUGCCCCCUGCGGCGGUGUGGAUCGAGUACUGUGGUAAGGAAAUAUACGACAAAGGGGGUUCCUUAGGCUGGUCAAAGGAGCGAUGGGCAUCCUGGAAGAAGCGGUUCGAAUGGAUCUCCACUGUUACGGCGUUGGAUCGAACGACGAGAAAGAUAGCCACGAACCUGGUGGAACAGAUGACCAGAAUUGAGUGGGGAGAAGAUGGGAUAAUCUAA